GCUGUACUUUACAAAAAAAAUUACAGAAAAAUAGAAAUCAAAGUGUAACUGUUUAUGCGGGAGCAGAGUUCCCAAUUCACAUUUUCAUUUUUCCUCAAGGGUUCGCCUUCAAGUAGUCUUCUCUUCAGCAGGUUUGAAGUGGGUUGCUAUUUUCAUAUCUAGGAAUUAGAGGGCAAUAAUCAGAAAUGGCAGGGCAGGAGAAUGUUAAACACCUUGAGGAUUGCUCGGUUGCCAAUGCUUUAGGCACAUGGUUCUUCUCGGUAGCAGGAGCUUUGGUAGCAAUUCCAGUAGGGAUAAAACGGAAAUCCUUAGCACCUCUGGUGUUCUUUGGCACCACAGGCACAAUGCUUGACAUUAUCAUGGGAAUCAGUCAAUGUGAAAGAGAACAUGCAGAACGCCAAGCAAAGCUGCUGGAAGCACAAAAUUCUGCUGCUGAAGCCUCUGUUUCAGAAACAGAAUCUGAGUCUUGAAUCUCCGAAGCUGGUUUAGGCAUGAUCUCAUUUGGCUUCAUUUAAACUUGCUUGACAUGGGAGACAAAUUUCCUUUGGUCAAUUGGUUAAUCUUUGUUCUUUCACUUGGUUUGUGAUUCAAUAUUCGGUUUUUUGCCGCCCUACUCUCUCAAGUUGUUUUUCUUUAUGUAACUUCGUAUUGUGGUGUCAACAAAAAAUGUCAUGAUUGAAUAAAACAGAGAGCUUUUUCUGAAGCUGCUCCA